UGUGUUUACCAUAGAUCGUUCAGAUUCCGUGUCGUCAGCCACGUAUACAAGAACUGCGCACCAACAAAACGGUUACCUCUCCAAGUUCACGUUCAGGAUUCGCCAACACCGCUCCAUUUUCACGCCUAUACGUUACUGCGACCGUCUAUCGACUCUAAAAAGGGACGUGCGUUAAAUCCACCACCAUGGACGGAAUCGUCCAGGCUAGCAACCUGACCGACGUGUUCCAAAAACGAGCGCUGUCCCCGCCGUCUAGCAGGCGAACGAGGAAGGACUCUGAACCUACCACGCACUACGGCCGCCCGAGAGCGUACACGUCGCCAGCUCCCGUGCAACUAGAACACCACCACCACCAUCAUCAUCACCAUCAUCACCAUCGUCAUAGGAAGCACUCGGAGAGACAUUACAGGGAGGAGGAAAGCCCACAAGGAGCAUCCGCUUCUCCUUCUUCUCUGAAGGAACGCAAACUCUCCGAAAAGCUGCACCUGCCGCACAUACACCUGCACCUGCCGUCCUUCCUUACACCGCCGAGUAGGCGCAGAAGUCACGAGAAGAGGCCAGAAGAAGAAGAAAAUGCACCAGACACAAAGAAAGAACAGACGGACGACCACAGUGCCUCCGAUGACGACAACAGCGACUGACGCACGACCAUCAUACGACUCCAGUACAACCUGCAAAGUUGCUUUGACGCAUUUGUCGUACAAUAGUUUUACGACUAUAAGGGUAGAAAAUUAAGGGCAGUCGUGAGUGUAUCACACAUGCAAAAUUAACUGUCAAAAUUUCAUUGUAGAUCGUCGAUUUUCUUGUCUUGUUUAUUGUUAUAUAUAAAAAGGAAUCCUUUAAAAA